GAGUGUAUGCACUUGUAUAUAAGAGCGUCCCGCUACAUGUUUUUCAGUCAGCUGAACCUCUUCACAGUAAGCAGCCACGAAUAUGUUGCUCAGUUAUUGGAUGCUACUGCUGCUGCAGUGUUUCAGUGUGCGCCUCGUCUUUGCGGAACCUUCUUGUCAGAAGUUUCAAUCGGAGCCACGACGGAUUUUUUUCAACUGCGGAGGUUUUACGACAGCGUCCGAACUAGCCACGAAAAUUAUCCGUCCAGAGCACAGCAAGCAUGCCUUCAUGCUAUCCGAGAGUCGUCUUGAGCACCUACCAGUCGACACAUUCGCCGACUUGGCAGCCACUAACGUAACUCUGAACAAAGUCCACAUCGACAACUUCGACGCAGUACACCCCAAUGCAUUCGAAAGACUGAACGGUACACUGGUCGAGCUGGUAUUCCUGAGAGGCAGCACCCUGCCGAAGUCGUGGAGUCUUCUCAAGGAGGUUGUCUCGCUGAUAUCGCUGCGCUUCGAGAGGCAGGUAGUGUCGAUCGAUCAGGACUGGAACAACCUGCCACAGAGUAUUCGCGACAUAUUCAUCACGGAGUGUACAGUCUCGAGCAUGGAACAUGGCGCACUCGCUCGACUCACGAACCUAGAAAAGUUUGAUAUCACUUCCAGUAGAUUCAGUAAUUUCUCGUGGUCUGUUUUGCCAAAUCCAGCACCUUCUCUGCAAACGAUACUCCUCAGGCGAAACGAACUCACUGAAAUUCCAAGAGGAUUCAAUCCAAAACAGUUUCCUGCUAUAAAGAGCAUUCACCUAGAGUCCAAUACGAUCACUACCUGGGAUGCAGAAACACUUGACGCCGUUCGAACACACCCUAACAGCCCAAGUCUGCAUCUCGGUCGCCGGCUAGGAUGUUUCACCGGAAGACGUGACCACCGAGUCUGGCUGACUCGUGAAUCAUCUCAAGCCCCAUGUAACAAGCCGCGGUCUCAAGCGAGACCGCGUGUGAAAGCUCAAUUUUUAAAGGUGGGCCUCAAGCCACCGCUCCCAAUGGAGGACCUCAAGAUUGUUAUUCGCCCCAAAGGUGGCCUUCAUACAGCCAAGGUAUGCACUCCUGUGGUGACUGCAGCCAUUCUCCAAGCAGCAGAACUCACGGAUAACGAAAGCAUAAAAGAUACCGUCUGCCCGAAUAUAAAACAAAAUAUUGUUGUCAUCAGCACACCUGACCGGGACCAUGCAGACCGGUACAUCUGCAUUCGUGCCAUCCAGGUGAACGGCAUCACCCACGACCUGAAUGCUUACAACACCGCAGCUGUACACACUACCAGGGGGACAUUCGUGGCAUCCCACUCACGGAGACCCCCCAGCAGAUACACAACGAUACCAUCACUGCUCGAAACCUGGUGGCCCUGGCAGCCAAGUGUAUUGCCUCAACUAAAGCGGUAG